UUUUCUAUGAAAAUGUAUGUGAAGAAGUUUUUAAAGACAUGGGUUGUUUAUUUGUGCAUAAAAGGAUUUUUCAUCCUUGCAGCAAAUAGAACAUGGCGUGGCUAUUGUUAUGAUGACAAAUAGAACAGGACACGGCUAUUGUAAUGAUAGAUUGACAGGAAAGAUGAGAUGUUGCAAUGAUUACAGAAAUGUUUCAGGAAGAUGUGAACACUGCAUAGGAGCGUUUGGAGAAAACUGCAGUUGGCCCUGUCCUUUUGCAUUCUUCGGCUAUAAAUGUAAAGAAAGGUGUAACUGUAGCAGUGAUACGCAUUGGUGUGACAAUAUUUCCGGUUGCAAGAUUAAAGUUAGCGUGGGUAUAAACGUAUGGGUGAGGUAUCUAUUCGUAAAAGAGAUAUUCCAGAAAAGAAAAGUGAAGGACGUGACAUAUUGGCAGAAAGUAGACAUUGCAGGGAUAAUCCUAGGAUUUCUGUCUGCUCUGGGUAUCAGUAUGGUAGCCAACUUCCAGACUGUUGUACAGCGAGGACCUCAUUACGUCGGAGCAGGUCUUGCAUUCGGUCUUGGGUUGGCUUACUGUUGGCUGCAGACAAGACUGUCAUGGAAACUACGCAGCGAGACGUAUGGACAUCGACUUGUAGCCGUGACUCAACUUAUCAACAGUACCGCUCUAACAGUGUUUCUAAUACUGUUCUCUAUAACGAAAAUAAUCUACAAGAUCAAUGAAGCCAAAGAUUUAAAAAAAGGACUGAAGGACACAAAAUUUACUUCGCUCCGUGGGGUGUACUUAGCGUCUACGAUCUCAGAAUGGCUGGUGGCGACAUCUGUCCUCACAUUUGCACUCACGUUUAUAUGGGAUUUCCGGGCACUUGUCAUGGAGACACCACGUGUCAAUGUCAAUUUCAACAUGAUUGAGAAUGGAGGAACUAAAGCUUCGUCACAGAAAGCCAAGGAAGGCACUGACGACACUAACAUGAACAGCAUUAAUGUGAGGGCGUGAAAGGGAACAGCUAGAUAUCAAGCGGAACAGUGUUCACUGAAAGCACGUGUAGUGCCAAAAGUGAAAAAAAGAACUGUUGCCAAACAGUUCAGCAAGCCCAAUUAAUUCACGCGUCGCAUCACCCGACCCAGUGAAUAUUGCCCGAGGGAUAAUGCAGCAGUGCUGACGUGACUGAAACCACUGAGGAACCCAUGCAAUGAACAGAUGCAAAUUAUUAAAAAGAUAUUGAAGACAAAGGAUGAUAAUGUCGAAAAUAAUACUACGAGAGAGAGAGAGAGAGAGAGAGAGAGAGAGAGAGAGAGAGAGAGAGAGAGCAUUGUUUUCUGUUUUAAUAUGUUGUUUUACCUAGUUUUGUGCAGUGUUUAUUAUUUAUACGUUCAGUGUUAGUUUCAGUAUUUGCAUUCAUGUUCAUGCAUGUACAUGUAUAUUGAUAAUCUUCAGGAAUGUAAUUCCUUCAUCUUUAUUUUAUUUUUCAAGACAAUUUCAGUCACAAUACACAUUGGUCUCUAUGCUUUUGUUUUUAUGAUAUGUUUCAUUAUGUAUGAAAAAUAAAUAAAAGGAGGAAAUAAAUAAUCAUUUGAAUGUUA